AUGCAGGCUUUCACAAGUUGCUUAACACUUCCAGGAUUUCCUCAAGUAAGAAAUUUUAACCACAUAAAUAAUAGAGUGGCGUCGUGCAAGCCGGGGGAGCGGUACGCGCCCGAUGCCUGCAACGAGUGCGAGUGCCGCAAUGAGAGGAACCCCGAGCGCUUCGACUUCGUGUGCAGCCGCCGCGUCUGCCUCGACGUCAACCCGGACAUCGGCUUCCUUCUCAGGCGGUAGCGCCCACCGCACCGCACCGCGCCCGGUGGGGUCGCGGAUCACCGAGGCCCGCCCGGCCCACGGAGCUGGCCUCCUAAAUAGUACACGGGCUCUUCCUGCGUAGUAAAUGCACGAGAAGAGGUACGACGACGAGGAAGACAUUACUGUUUUGUUUAGCUCCUGUAUAUAGUUCAUAUCGAAGAAAAAGACUGUUCAUACAUUGUGAUAUCUUUAAUAAAAAUAUUGUUUUUAUUUUUAAA